AUGCAUUCCUCACAUAAACUUAAUAUAUCACCUAGAUUAGAUAGCUGGAAGAGAGAUGGAUGUGUGUCGUGUGAUGAAUCUACUCCACAAUGUAAUUGUUCCACCGGUGAGAAAUGUAUCUUGACUUCGAGAACAUGUAAUCAAUGUGCUGCUAUUCAAUGUAUCAAAUCGGCCAGUUCAUCGUCAAAGGGUGUAAACCCAGGUGCUAUAGCAGGACCUGUUGUGGCAGUCUUGGUCAUUGCUAGUUUAGGAUUAUUCUGGUGGUUGAGACGUAAGAAGAGACGAGACUUGGCCCGACUUGAAGCUCUUGCUGCACGAGCAAGAAAAGCUGAAUCAGCAGGAUUCCACUUGUCACAACCACCUUCUCCACAACCUGGUUCAGCACAUUCUCAUUCGACCCAUUCAAGAAAUUCGUUACCUCAACCUCCACCUUCGGCUGCACGUGCAAGAUCUCCUUUACCACCUGCACCUGUUAAUGCUGAAUAUUACGAUGAUCACGGAGCUACCAUACGAGUUUAUAACACUUCAAGAGGUACGAUCGAUCUAGACAAGAAUAAUAGUGGUGAUCCAUUCUCUGACAGGCAAAGUAUAUCUACAAUGGGAAGCGGUGGCACAGCGAAUAUCAUUCCCAUACAGUAUAUUCCUCCAUCAAAUUCCGAUGAAGCUCUAUCGAAGAUUUUACCUGUUUCCUCAAAUGGUAAUGGUAACGGGAAUGGUAUUUCAAAUCAAGGUGCAGCAGCUAGAGCAUUAGACGAAGCCAGAAGGAACCUACUUCAUCCUAUAAGACCAGCCAGAGCACCUGGACUUGAUCUUCGUCUGAAUCCGCCUUCCUCUAAUUCCAAUCAUGAAGGUGGAUUAUCACCACCUACAGCUUUCACUCAUGAUCGACGUUCACCAAUCGGAACAGGAGGAUCUUCAUCACAAUGUCGUGAUUCGUAUCUAUCAGGAAAUUCAGCCGCUCCUUCCUAUUGGUCUGGCCAAUCAGAUGUACAUCUAGACGCACCAAAGAUUGUCACUUCUAAACAAGUGCAAAUCGGUAGAUUGCAACAAGCUGAAGUCGUUCAGUUUGGUAAACCCUCAAUGGAGCGUCUUGGUGGUGGGGGACAGUUAUCACCCAUUAAAGAUGAAAACAUUCAUCCAAAUCCUUUCCAGCAACAGCAGCAGUCAUCCUUGCUAUCGCCAGCUGGAACGUUUCAAUCUGGUUCAGCUACAAUGAGAACUCUAACACCAUCAAGUCAUAGUAAUAGUCGGACAUUCGAUGAUGAUGAUGAAGAAGGAUUGAGAUCUUCUGAACCAAGUUCGGCAGGUCCAGGAGAUUUGAGGUUCUCGAUGGGUAGUUUAAAUUCAGUAUCAACAAUGGGUACAGGAAGAUAUUUAGCUUCUACCACUUCACCAAAUUUCGAUCGAUUACCCCCACCACCAUUAACGUCAAAUAACAGGACGAAUUCGAUUGGAUCUUCGAGAUCAUUUGCUGAUUCAGUCUUGGGUGCUUUCCCUAUGAUACCACCUAAUUCAGAAGCCAGUUCUGCGGCAAGAAUCAUUGGACAAACAUUACCUCAAUCUACUUCAACAACUACUUUAGAACAUGUAGCUGUAUCGUCAUCGUCUCAUCCACCUAGACCUGCAUCUCAAAAACAACACCAACGUCCUUAUCACGGUCAAAAUCAAAGUACAGAUGACAUGGAAGAUAUCAUUCCAGAGAGAAAGAAAAGACCAGACACGCAAGCUUCAGUAGCCGAUUCUUUCCUGGGUAGUUUCCCGUUCCUUCCUCCGAACAGAGAAGACUUGGCUGGAUUACCAACUUCGAAUAUCCCUUCAAAUGCUAGAACGAUGAGUACUACAAGUGAAGGUUUAGCUGGAUUUGAUUUCGAUUUGGAGAACGCUCCUCCACUGCCUAGUACAGCAGGUCAAAGAAGGAAUUAG